AACUGAGGCAGACUAGGUGAGGAAGUGAAGACUACUGAGUUUCGUUUCCUUCGCGAAACUUUUAUUUAUACCUGCACUAUCUACGUCGGAAAGGGGAACUAAAAGCGGCAGAGACGAACAGUAGCACUGUUGGGACAGAGACAGAGGUGUUUCUGUCUCUGCUGGACUAACUGGCAGCCCGCGAGGAGCACCGCGCGAGAAGCAUGAUGGAAGCAUCUGAAAGAGAAGAUUUGUUUGGGGCCGAUCAGGUUGCAGCGCCUCCUAAUGGCGUGGUAAAUGAACUACUGAAUGUGGAUCAAGAAGACAACAUGCAGGGCCAGAUGGAGGAGUUUCUUGGCCCGCAGGCAGAGUACAACGAGGAGGAGGAGGAGAGGAAAUAUUACAGGAGGAAGAGGCUGGGAGUCAUCAAGAAUGUUCUCGCCGCCAGUUUUGGAGCAAUGAUUGUAUAUAGUGUGUACAUGGGCCUACUGCAGAUGCAGCUUAUCCUCCAUUAUGAUAUGACAUACCGUGAGGUAAAGUACAGCAACCUUGGCCUUGAGGACAUCGACCGCAAGAUGCUGAUGGGCAUCAACGUCACCCCCAUCAUAGGCCUGCUGUACACCCCCAUACUCAUCAGGUUUCUAGGUACUAAGUGGAUGAUGUUCCUGGCCUCGGGAAUCUACGCGCUCUUCGUCUCAACCAAUUACUGGGAGCGAUACUACACCUUGGUUCCAUCAGCUGUAACAAUCGGUGUGGCCAUUGUGCCGCUGUGGGCCUCCUUGGGAAAUUAUGUUACAAGGAUGGCGCAGCAGUACUACGAGUACGUCAACUACAAGGAAGAGCAUGUGCAGGAGCAAAAGAAGCUUCCUAAGGGAGCGUGCCACACCUACAUCAUCGUCUUCCAGUCAGUCUUCAACAUCAUCUUCCAUCUGAGCUUUGUCUUCGCGGAGUUCCCCAUGAUUUUCAUCCUCAACAGCUACCUGCAUUACAACGAACAUGUUCUCUGCAACGUCAAAGCUUGUGGAGCAACGGUCACUGGAGUGAUCCCUGGCUUCAACACCACCGUGCUGAUCAACCUGCCUCGCUCCAUGCUGCUUAUCCAGGUGGAGAGUGUCCUCAUGGGCUUCGCCUUCCUCGCCAUGAUUAUUUUCCUUGUGCUGUGUGGUGCUGCCUACCGCCCGACAGAAGAGAUCGACCUUCGCAGUAUCGGCUGGGGAAACAUUUUCCAGCUGCCUUUCAAACACCUGAGAGACUACCGCCUGCGACUGCUCUGCCCCUUCUUCAUCUAUAGCGGAUUUGAAAUGCUGUUUGCGAUCACCGGAUUCUCUCUGACGUAUGGUGUCUGCAUUUUGGGCCUGAGAAAACUGUGGCUCCUUAUACUCGUCUAUGGCCUCUCCUGCUCCGUCUUUUCCUCCCUCUCCCUUUGCCUCCUUCGCCUCCCGCGCUGGGUGUGUCUGGUGGCGGGUGCUUUUGUGCAUGCGGUGCUGCUGGUGGCUCUCCUGUCGUUUUCUAUAGUUCACGACAAAGAAAAUCUUAACAGAACAGAGUAUCUGGCCCCUCUGCUGGUGAUCUCUGUGCUGUGGGGACUCGGCACUGCCCUGAACAAAACCGGAGUCAGCACUCUGCUCGGUCUGCUGUACGCAGAGGAAAAAGAACGUCUGGACUUUGUCUACACCAUCUAUCACUGGUGGCAGGCCAUCGCCAUCUUCAUAGUCUACCUCUGGUCCCAUCUGCCGAUGAGGGCCAAACUCUCCAUCCUUUUGUUCACUUUGUUGGUGGCCUGUUACUGUUAUUGGGUGAUGGAGCGCCGGCUUGCCAAUAAAGUGCCCUUCAGGCUGCCACGCAUCCCUCGGCCCCGGCACAAGGUCAAAGGCUACCGCUACCUUGAAGAGGACAACUCAGAUGAGUCAGACUCUGAGAGAAGUGAGGAGGAUGUUGGAGAUGACGAGGAGGACGAAGAGCAUGUGGUGGAAGAGAUGGGAGCAGAGGACAGGGAGGAAGGAGGCCAAGACGGAGGGGUCCAGGGAGCUGACUCACCCAGAAGCAGGAGGAGAGGAGCUGAGGGUCACCGUCGCAGACGGGAGGACGCCCAUGUGAAGUAGGGAGAGAGGGAGGAUCGUAAGCGAGGGUGAGAGAGUAGCAAAUGAGGGGAGAUGGUGGACAGAUGACCGAUACACAGAAGAGGAGGAGAGUUAGAGACGCGCUGGAUGCUGUUGUGUUCAUGACUCCAUUCAUAUUUUUACAGAUACUACACUAAACAAAUCAUUUCUUUUCUGGAAUGAGCUGGAAUUAAAAAGCUCUGAUUACCUGUCCAACUGUAACAGCGAUCCAGAGGAGAAGGUACAGAAACCAUAUGGCUAUUUAACAACAGAUAUGACGGUCUUAAAAUGUAGUGCACACUGGAUAGUAAUAAUAUAAUAUAAUAAUGAAUAUAAUAAUAAUACAACAAGAACCGUUCUUUUUUUUGUUUUUGUUUAUUGAGAUGAAUACAAAGCCAAAAUCAAUGGCUUGUUUUUUGUAUCUUUUUUGUAUCUGUAAAACAAUAUACAAAAUACAGAACUAAAAACUAAAAGCAGCAACAACAACAGUUUUGUUUUUCCUUUGCUGCAGUUUGUGGCUCAUAUUUACAGAAUGUACUGGUAAUUAUAGAGGGAGUUGCAGUUGCUUUUGUGCUUAUCCAAGUAAACACACUCUGUAACUUGGUUUCAUUUUUAAAAGAGCUUUUUGAGAAAAAAAGAACUGAAAGUGACAGAAAAAGAAAUGAGGAAUUGAUUUUCUGAGUUUAUCCUCCGGGUGAAGUGUGUUUUGCUGGAGUCAUUUUUAGAGAGUCUGGUCCUGCUGGAUGUGAAGAGCGUAAGCAGCAUCAGCUAUAUUUGAUCUUCUGUCCUUGUUUGCCUUCAACCCUUUAAUUUAUGCACAAUUUUUAGAGAAAACAAGCCGACUCAAGCUAUUAAAAGAAGCUCAGGCAUGUGUUUGUUGCCUGAUGUAUUUCUUGGGAGAAGUUUAAUAUGAAUAUGAAUAUAUGUAACAGUGGCCUCAGGGAUAUGUUACAGUAAUUAAUGCGUGGACUGGCUCAAUUGUUUAAUAUAGUAAUCUACAAUAUGAAAGUAAACAAUAUUAUACAAUAGUAUAGAGCCUAGCUAGCUCCACCUAGGGGCUGUGAUCUGAUAACAUCAGCAUGCGUGUCUAAUAUACCUGAUGUGCUGAUGUUAGCAUGUUAACAUGCUCACAGUAACUAUGUUAACAUGUUGAUGUUUAGCAGGUAUAAUGUUUACCAUGUUCAAUAUCUCUGAUAUGUACUAAAUAGCACUAAACACAAAGUGUCUCUGAGGCUGAUGGGUAUGUCCUUAGUUCUGCAGGUAUUUGGGCAUAAACCAAAGAAUUGGAUAAUCUAAGCGUGGCUAUAAAAAGAGCUGGUACACAAAAUAACAUAUCAAGCAAACAAGGUCAGUUACCUUGAAACUGAACACAUAUCAGGGCGUCAUCAUGCCCUUAAAACCCUUAAAAAGGUAUUGUAACAUUUGUAUUAAUUUAAGUAUUAAAAUGUGAUACGUUAUUGGAGAUAUUAUUUUGUCAUGAUUCAAAAACAGCUUUGUUUAUGCUGAAUGCCCAAACCAAGGACUACUAGGUCUUUAUCACGUCAAAGCAGGAGAAACAGGUGAGGAAAAUAAUACAAUGAAUGGCUGCUGAAUUCUGUUUAGCUGCUUCAGUUUCAGGGUCCUGGUGUUGUGUGUGCUGGCUCACUGUCAAGCCUGACUGAGACACUUGAAUAGAACACAGCCAUUGUAAAUGUUAUCAGUAACACCUGUGCUUAAGUCAAAGUGUCUGCAGUAAAACAGCCGUAUUAAUCAUAACCAGUUGGCAAGUUUGGAGACCUGCUAUUGGAUGAUUUAGUGAUUGUGAGAACACAGAUGUCAUUAUAUACAAAACCUGUACAGUAUGUUAUUCUAUUGUGCUUUCUUAUCACUCUGUUUCCUGACAUGUCUUUUGUUUUUCUGUCCAUGUAAAGUUUGUAAAGUUAUGUCAUGUUGAGCUGGAAACAACAAGGCUUCAUCACACUUUCGAUAUUUUUUGUUUGAGUUGGUUUGAUCCAGGCAGCAUUCAAAGAAAAGUAGCUAAGUAAUGUCAGGACUGCAAGCAGUCAUGUUUUCAUACUGAUGGUCAAACCUUCCUGUAUGUUGUAGGUUCGGUACCCAGAGUUUGUAUAGUUUAUUUUUGGGGGGCUUUUUUGCCUUUACUGGACAGGACAGGAAUAACAGGAAAGGGGGAGAAAGAGUGGGAAAGUGACACGCAGCAAAAGCCCACAUGUCAGACUACCAGGUGAGCGCCCCCAACAGUUCUCUUUUGUAAUGAAAAAUAACUCAUUAAAUCAAAUAGCUGAUGCCAGUGGUACGCAAUGUUGCACUGAUCUCUAUGGUGUUAAUUUAUGUAAUGUCAUGUUACUGACUUAAACAGUGCAGUGUGAACCUCUUUGUUGUUGUGUUGAGGAAAAAACUUUGUACUUCUCUCUUAAUUACACCUCUACAUUCAACUAAAGAUUGUGCUGAACUUA